AUGAAAUCAACGUCGUAUCCCUGCCUGGAUUGCAGUGGCGAUUCUGUGAGAUUUCCUACACCAGAAGAGCUGGAAAUCCAUAUUGCUAGUGAUCACCUUAAUUACUGUCCAUAUGAGUGUGAACGAUGUCGAUUUGCCAAGUUUCCCACAGAAUAUGCAUUAAUAUCGCAUUGCAAGAACGACCAUGGACUGAAGGAGUUCUUUUGUACAUGCGAGCAUGUCUUCAGCGUCAGCGCAGUGGAUGUGAGGAUAGCCUUGGACUGGGAACUUCCAAUGGCCAUAGUAGUAUCUUUCAUGGAUCAGGUGAAGAAACUAAGUUUGAAUAGUGCCUGUUUUCAGUAUGAAGACCCGGACAGCUUCCCUUCAUCCGUUGAACCAUCUGGAUCUUCUUCGGAUCAUGCCACCGGAGCAGCGCAACCGGGAUCCGGAUCGUCAGCCAGUUCUGGAGGCGCUGUGCCUCCAUCUACUUCACCGACAGGAAUCGCUACUACUCCCACUUCAGUAGUACCUCAGAUUCCACGCCAUAUACCAACCAGCGCAGGCUCUGCGUCACACUCAUUUUAUUCAGGCUCCAUGGACGCUAACUCUCAGUUGCACGUUUCGCAUGGUCAUCAUAUGCACAACUAUAGCAGUAACUUCCCAUCUAGUUGCGGUACUACAUCUUCCGCAUUAGCUGAACUGUCUCCAAUGGAUUUCGCCAGUGAUGCUAUGAGCUCAGGAAUGGACUUUGCCGCAUUGAUCGGUGAAGGGGAAGAGCUGAUUAGGAAAGUCAGUUAUGUUCCGAAAGAUGCCGUCACUUGUCAAAUUUGCGGCUUAAAAGUGUCUAAUCAGCGUUCAAGCCUUGUUUAUCACGCAAAUACGAAACAUAUAAAACUGAAUCUCUACCAGUGUGCAGUUUGUCAAAAAACAUGGCAAACGAUAGCUAAGUCAGACGUAUUGAAGCAUGUGAAGGCUAUUCAUAAUGGCGAUGAAAGCAUGAUUGUCGACAAUCGGAAACGGCUUGGUUAUCAGUUACGUAUGUUUACGGCCCGAUGUUUCCCACCCAAACCAAACAACAAGGCUCGUCCGCUUACCGCAGGUAUGGUUUAUGUGUCAGAGAACGUAUGA